AUGAUAGACAAAUUUCAACAAUACUUACAAAAAUUGAUAUUAGUUAAUAGUCAAAUGGAAAAUGUAAAUCCUGAUGAUAUUUUUAAAGAAAUUUCAUGUUGUAAGAUUUGGGAUUUCAAUAAGGCAUAUAAUUUGUUUAUGUUAGCAAAAGGUUUUAUACAUAUAGAUUUAGUUAACUUAUUUACAAGUUAUAGAAUAUUAGAUAAAAACAGAAUAAGGUUAUUAGAUGGUUUGGUUAACAAAUUGAUUUUUGACUUCAAAAUUUUUAUAUGGGAAUAUAGGAAUGUUAAAUUAGCUGAUUUAGAACAUCAGAAAGAGAUUAAUGCAAAGAUGAAAAAGUCGACCAACAAAUCUAAAUUGGUGGCCAAUAAAUUAGACAAAAUAGUAAGUUUACAUUGGGAGCUAUGA